AUGAGGCUGCAGAUCUCAAUCGCUUUUAUCUUAGCAACAAGUUUAAGCUUCAUAAGCUGCGUAUCGUUAAAAGGUUAUGUAAGAAAUACAGAAAUGGGAACAGCAUACAAAUUAUUCUACCGCUCCCAGCCGUGGGCAGUAGCCAAAGAAAUAUGUGAAGCAGAAGGAGCGAAGCUGGCCGUACCCAGGUCUGAGGAAGAGUUCCUGUUCAUCCAGAAACUGGUGCGCGGUAUGCACUACCCUGCAAUAACCAACACUUCAAAUAAACUGGUUGUAUGGCUGGGCAUCAGCAAUGUGGACAACUACAAGAUCUGGACCAAUGUUGAUGGUAAAGACAUCAGAGAUACCGGCUUUGCUAGAUGGUCAGGAAUGAACGGCCAGAUUAGCGCAUCUCCUAAAGAGCCGCACUGUGUAGUUUUGGACGCUGUCAACCCAGGACUCCGGGACUGGUGGUGUCACCGCAACCAGCCAUUCAUCUGCAAAUCUAAGAUGAAUCUUAUAAGAAGAGGUAUAUCUCUUUUAACCAGGGGAAUUAAGACGCAAUGCACUCAAAUAUCAGCCAUACCACAGUUAUAUGCACCAGUUGUACAGAACGCUUCAACAACUCCAUUAAGCAUGGCGGCUAGAGCGAUGGCCUCACUGGCACAGAUGCACAGGAACGGGCCCCACAUCAAGGAUAGGAAGUCCAGGAAUCCACUCAAUGGAAACCCUUUUGCUAAGGGCGUGGUCCUAAAGACGCUGAUUAGGAAACCCAAGAAGCCCAACUCGGCGAACCGCAAGUGCGUGUUGGUGAGACUGUCGAACGGCCGUGAAAUGGUCGCGUACGUGCCCGGCAUCGGACACAACUUACAGGAGCACAAUAUUGUUCUCGUGCGAGUCGGCAGAGUAAAGGACUGUCCCGGAGUAAAAUUAAAAUGCGUGCGCGGCAAAUUCGACCUUUCACACGUCGUGAAGCAGAAAGUCUAA